GAGGAAUAAAAAAAAGAAAAAAGAAAAAAGGUCGACCAGCAGCACAAUACACAGAGGACAGGACAGGAAGAAAGCAGUGCAGUUGUGGGGAGGGAGGAAGCGAGUGAAGAAAGGAAACGCCAGCACCCGUAAAGCUAAACCAACCAACGCCACGCCCCUCGGAUCCUCUCCAUGACCCAGCCUCGCUUCCAAUCAGUCUCAUCCGACCCCAAUCUUCAAUUCGAUCUCACCGCCAUGGCGUUGCCCAAUCUCGGCUCCUUUCCGGCGGACGACCCCUCCAAGAAAGUCCGGAAGCCCUACACCAUCACCAAAUCGCGCGAGAGCUGGACCGAGCCGGAGCACGACAAGUUCCUCGAAGCCCUGCACCUCUUCGACCGUGAUUGGAAGAAAAUCGAAGCAUUUGUUGGAUCGAAGACAGUCAUCCAGAUACGAAGCCAUGCUCAGAAGUAUUUCCAGAAAGUUCAGAAAAGCGGAGCCAACGAACGGCUACCUCCACCCCGCCCCAAAAGGAAAGCUGCCCAUCCUUAUCCACAAAAAGCCUCGAAAAUCGCUCCGGCAACUCCACAUGAGAUAUCCUUUCAAACCCCUCCUGCAACAAACGAUGCCGGACAUGUUAGAAGACCCAAUCCAUCCACCUCGUCGAUCAGACAUCCUGAUCCUUCUGUGUCUGUACCAAGAUGUCCGGACAUAUCCGCUGCGACAACAAGCAAUACUGGAUCGGGCAAAUUACAGCCGAAUGUUGGGAGCAAUGAAAUCGCUCCAAGAACGAGACUUGCAGUUCUUCCAGAUUUUGCCCGAGUAUACAACUUCAUUGGAAGCGUCUUCGAUCCGACUGUAUCCGGACAUUUGCAGCAAUUGAAGAAGAUGGACCCAAUCGAUAUUGAAACGAUACUAUUGCUGAUGAGAAACCUUGCCGUCAAUUUGUCCAGCCCAGAUUUCGAAGAUCACAAAAAGCUGCUUUCGACCUGUGAGAUCGACGCCGAGAAGGAUCCCGACUUUGAUGUAACCGAUGCGGUACUUCUCAGCCUAACGGAUGAAUGAUUUUGAAUAAUUUGGUACAUAACUGGGCUAUAUAUCUAUAUAUUGUUAUUAUGACAUCAUGGUAUGGUCGAACGAACCGGACAGCCAGCUGACUAGGUUUGAUGGGGCGGCUGUGGAAUGGUGUCCGAUGAUGAUCGGGCGGCGGUGUUCGGCUGUGCAGUUGAUCUCUCCGGUGGAGGUGGAGAUGAUUGUUGAAUAAAAUGAAAUAAAGAUGAUGAUGAUGAUGUUGCUGGAAAAUGGUGUUCUUGUAGGGAUAAAAGGUAUGUUGUGUGUAUAUACAAAAUUUUGAUGUAUUCUUAUUAUUAUUUUUUUUUAUUUUUGUUAAUAAAAUGCAAAUCUAUAUAUUGUUUUGGCUAA